AUGAAUGGGAUGAGACUAAACGAGAAGCUAUUGGUCAAUGCAGCGUGUGGAGGAUUGAUACUCAACAAGUUGCCUAGUGAAGCUUUCAAGCUUUUUGCAGAGAUGGCGGAGGAAUUCCGAGAAGAUGGAGCGGUUGUGCCCAAAAACACAACUGUGCGCCAGAACCAGAAUAACUCAAAGGUGGACAAGUUAUGUAAUGCAGUGAAACAAAUGGUGGAAAUGAUGAAGCCCACAAUCAAGAAGCCUGUCAAGGCCUGUCAGUUAUGCACUGACCCCAACCACAUGACGGACCAGUGCCCUACCCUAUUUGAAGAAGAGCAAGUUAAUGCCUUUAGGCAUAACAACAACAACAGAGGGAACUAUGGGCAGAAGCAACGCUAUGACCAAAAUGGUCAAGGAUACCACCAGCCAUGGAGAAACCACGAGAACCUAAGGUAUGGGGGUAAUCACUACAUUGCCCCUAACCAGCCACAGAACCAACCUCCGGUUCAGCAACAGAACCAGGGCAAAGCUCCUACGAUGGAAGCCAUAUUCAAAUGUAUGCGAGAAACUCAGAAGAGUGUGGCCAAGAUCCAACAAGAUAAUGAGAAGUUCAAGCUUGAGCCUAGAGGAGCCAUACAUAAUUUGAACACUCAAAUGGCCCACAUGCAGCAGAACUUUGCCCAGAUGAACGCCAGCAAGAACAACGAAGAGUUGUCCCCACAGAUUGUGGUACCUAACAACAAGGCACAGGUGAAUGCAGUCAACUUGAGGAGUGGCAAGACUUUGCCUGAAGUAGUGCAUGUGCCUGAAGAAGAGUCUGUGACCACAGACGCUGAAGAGAAGGUGGACGAGGAGAUAGAGGUGGAGAAACCAAGCCAACCUGCCCCAGAACUGAAAAAGAAGGAGGAUGUGCCCAAAGCCGAAGAAAAAUCUAAGGUGGUCAUCAAACCCCCCUUCCCAGGCAAACUGGCCAAGAACCGUGAGGCAGAGGAAAUGAGCAACCUUGUCAAGAUGUUCCAAAAGGUGGAGGUCAAUAUCCCUUGCUCACAGCAUUGCGCACUAUGCCCAAAUGUGCCAAAUUUCUUAAAGAAGUCUGUACCAAGAAGGUUAUGUACACGGAUGAUGCGAAGUUCCAUGUGGGAGAGCAGGUGUCGGUUGUACUCAAAAGGGAUAUGCCCAUAA